UGGAGUUUAAAUGAAAGGAGAGGUUAUGUUUUCAAAUAUUUCCUUAUAUCGAGAUUCUGAAUUUUCAGGCGAAUUAUCCUAAACACUGUUUAGAAACGAUAUAGAUUAUAUUUGCAUUUUCGUACAAUGGAUGGAGUGGGACUAUACAAUACGUUUCUUCAAGCACACCAACCGCAAUUAGAAUCUUCUGGUGUGCCAAGAAUAUUUUGGGAAACUCUGUUUAAAAAAUUACAGUAUCAAACUUUUGAUUCUGGCCUCGCGUUUCAGCUGAUACAAAUUGACUACGAUGGUGCAUCUAGGGAUCCAAAAGAUCCUGCUUGGAAACUGUUUGUUUCCUCUGAGAAGGGUGUUUGUGCACAGAAUUCAAAUAACAUUUAUUUGAUAGAUCAUGCAUGGACUUAUGAUACUGCUAAUGCUAGGCAGAACUUGUCAAAUAUUCCAGGACUUUUGGACCGUAUGUGCACCCUAAUGGGUUUUGAUAUUGAGAGCGAAGAGAAUGAAAAAAUAGAAUAUGUAUUGAAUGAAAUGUGGAGGUACAAUCAGUCGUUUUCUCUAAGCAGUGGGUCCAUAGAAGACAGAAUGCCAAUUUGGUAUAUCAUGGAUGAAGUAGGAUCUGCGAUAAAUCAUAGCAAUGACCCUAACUUUAGAACAGUACCUUUCUUAUAUUUACCAGAAGGUGUUACCUACACACUGAUGUUUCCUAUAAGAGACGUUGAUUACGAGGACGAGGUUACAAGAGAUUUUAUCGAGGGCCAAACAAACAGUAAACAAAACCGACGAGCUUUACUUUUACCAUGGAUAGAUGCAUCGUUUCUCGAAGAAAGCUUUUUGCAGACAGAGCCAGAUGACGACUAUUUCCUGGCGGGUCAUGUUCGCGAAAGUAUACCGGAAGAGAUAAAUCCCGAAAUAAUACUUCGAAAGGAUGGAAACGCAAAAUUAAAAAUUUUUUCGCACUACACGUAUGUAAACGAUUACUUAACCGAUCCUGCGUUCGAAAUUGUAAAUACCGAAGAGGAUGCGGAUAUUUUGUGGUACACUUCUCACUUUAAGGAAUACAAAGAAUUAAGUAUUCGCUCGCCGCACGUUUUCGUGAAUCAAUUUCCGUUCGAAAAUGUAUUGACUAUAAAGGAUUUAUUAUCCAUCGUCUGUAGAAGAAAGGCGGGAGAAAAGCCGUACGAUCCUGACACUCUUGAAACUUAUCCAAAAUGGUUACCGACUACUUACAAUUUACAUACAGAGCUGGUGCAAUUCGUCGCGUAUUUCGAACAAAGAGAAUCGAUGGAUUUAGAGAAUCAUUGGAUCUGCAAGCCUUGGAAUCUCGCCAGAGGAUUAGACACACACGUUACGAAGAAUAUAUUUCACAUUUUACGUUUGCCCAGCACGGGGCCGAAGAUAGCACAGAAGUAUAUCGCGACUCCCGUGCUGUACGAGAGGCCGGAAAUCGGUAAAGUUAAAUUCGACGUGCGAUACGUGGUGUUGUUGAAAUCGGUGAGGCCUCUGAAGGCGUUUGCUUAUAAAAAUUUCUUCCUAAGAUUUGCAAACAAGGAGUUCGCUUUAAAUAAUUUCGACGUAUACGAACAGCAUUUCACGGUCAUGAAUUAUUCAGAGGACAUACCGCUUUGUCACGUGAAGUGCGCGGACUUUAUCUCGGAAUGGGAGAGACAGUAUCCGGACUUUUCCUGGAGCGGCGAGAUCGAGCCAAAAAUUUUGCACAUGUUCCGAGAAGUCUUCGAGGCCGCGGUCGCCGGGAAACCGCCAAAAGGAAUCGCGGAAUGUCCGCAAAGCCGGGCGGUGUACGCGGUCGAUCUGAUGCUGGAAUGGAAGAAAGAAGAAAUGCAACCGAUUUUGUUGGAAGUAAAUUUCGCACCAGACUGUAAAAGGGCCUGCGAAUAUUACCCUAAUUUCUAUAACGAUAUCUUCAAGUGUCUCUUCUUAGACGACGACAACCCCGAAACGUUUCACGAUCUCUGCUCCGGGUGCGAUUGAAGCAUCUAACGUGAACACCCACGCAACGCGUUAUGCACCGAUGUUAAUUAAAUUAACAGAUUAUUCUGCCAUUCGUCGACGACGGUUCUCCAUCCGUCUAUGGUGUCCCGUUAAAAUCGGUGGAUAACGUAUCCUGUGGUAAUGUUGUUGCAAGUCUCGCCCUCUACCAUAAAUAUCGAGAAGCUAUUAACGAACGUUCCUAUGGUCAGCGUUCGGACUAAAAUGCAUUUAUUUAUUCAAAAGUAACGGGUCCAAGCAUUUCGUAUGCGGUAAUGAGCAGAAGUAGCUGCAGUAAAUCUGCAUGCGCGAACGUUAAGGGUACGUUUGCUCCGUAAAUAAUUUGCGCUUUCCAUAACUUGACGCUACAACGGGAAGACUGCCGUGCUACCUAAUGGAAUAAUAAACGAGGGGGCAAUUGGUACAGUUUCAUGACGCGGGCCACUUCGGCCACCGCGUAAUAUUCGCUUCUAAUGCAGG